AUGGGCGUCACUUGUCUUGUUCGAUGGAAGAAUGCUACAGGCAUGCGUGAUUUCACCUUCAUUGCCGAACAUGUCACCAAGACGUUGCAUGGUAAGAAUACUGGUCCUUGGUCACUUUCUUUCAAAGUAUUUCGCGACAACAACCAAAACAGCAGACAAAUAGCACUCAAAGACAGCAAGUUGCUCUACCAGGUGUCGCUUGCACAACAGCCAGGUCAUGUAUACUGUAUGGUCGAUGGUAGCGUAGUGGUAGAAGCAGAAAAAGAAAUGGAGAUAAUUCUUUCACGUCUGAAGAAUCUAUGGCAGUUGAGACAAAGCGUUACGAUCGAGGGUACAAGCUACGAAAUUGGCGAUUUUACACUGAGAGUUGCCAAUAUUCUACUGGGAUCUACAUACAAAGGAUUACUGCUAGAGAUUGACUAUCAUCCAUGUACUACACCGAAUAAUGCCAGCAGACUGUUCCAAGAAUUUGUCGAAUCCAUCGUACCUCCAACAGCACAACUAUCCUGUGAAUACGAAUAUAACUACGAACAAGUUGGUCUCAGUAACAACGAAUUUACAACUGCUCAUACAAGCUAUCAAUACAUGCAACUGUUUAGAAAUGAUGGUCUAUUCUAG